AUGGCUCGUCUUGCAGUUUGUGUUUUGGCUAUUCUAGUCUUAGCUAAUGUCUCAACCAUUGACGCAGCAUCACGUCCAGUGAGAUCUCCACAGUUCGGAGGCGGUGGCGUGGGAAUUGGAAUCGGCAUAGGUGCUUUCGGAAGACCCGGCUUUGGCGGCCCAGGCUACGGAGGCCGCGGCUUUGGGGGUCCCGGCUAUGGUGGCCCCGGCUUUGGGGGCCACGGUUUCCACAGACCCGGCUUUGGAGGUCCAGGUUAUGGAUAUGGUAACAAUGGAGGAUUCCCUGGUUCAUUCAGUGCUUCGAAGAGUUCAUCAAUCAGUUUUGGUAAUGGAGGGGGAUCGCAAGCUCAAUCUAGUUCUAACGCUGGUGGAUUUGGCAAAUAA